AUGAUCUUGUCCAUCUCGAUGCCCAAAAGCAGCGGCCGCUUCCUCCGCAAACCCGAUUUCCUCAAGUCACGCCAAUCCGAUGACGCCGCCUCGACAGAAGUGAGAACACCUCUGGAUCUGGAUGAGGUGCUAGAAGAUGUGGAGGAAGAGGAGGACUCUGACCUGGGCGAGCUGAACACGGCUCUUGGUGCUCUGGUCGACAUAUUCCCUGACGUGCAGCCCGAUGUCUUCCGUGAGAUGCUUCUAAACUUGUCCAAGGAAAGCAGGCUCGAGGUCGUGACUGAACAUCUCCUGAGGAACGGAGCACAAUACAUUCAAGGACGCUACAGGAAGAAACCAUCCGACGACAACGCUAGCCAGCCACGCCACCUCGAGCCGCUGCCCAAGGAUGAGACCUUCAGGUCCGACAAAUACAAGCGUACCGUCAAGGAUACUCUAUAUCUCGAAUUCAGGAAUCUGAGUCACUCUUCCAUCAGAGCCGUUCUGGCCGAGCAUAACUAUUCAUACACCCUCGCACGUCCGACUCUGCACCACCUGUCCUCAAAAUCAUGGAGAGCCACUAUUUCCUCAUUCUUCACCAGGAAGCGUCCUGCUACUUCUGAUCCCGACCUUCACCCUCAUGUUGAGUGGCUACCCAACCCCACCGAACCGAGCAGCCUGUUUCCGUAUUUUAAGCGUACUGGCUGCACAGAGCUGGACCAAGAAUUGUAUCGUGUAUACAUUGCUCCUGUCUUGGCUCGCCAAAACCAGGAACGAUUGGACCGAGAUCAAGCUCUGGCAUACGACCUCAACGAGACCGAGGCCGAAGACGCCAACGCUAUGUUUGACUGCGAGUGCUGUUUUACUCCCUAUCCCUUCGAGUACAUAUCUACGUGCGACUCAGACGCUGGUCACUUCAUCUGUUUUCGAUGUAUAAAGCUUGCAGCAAAUGAGGCUCUUUACGGUCAAGGAUGGGCAAGGAACAUUGACUUGACAAAAUCCUCGUUGCGGUGUCUGGCCCCAUCUGUUCCCGAAUGUCAAGGAUGCAUCAAUCCGGAACUGAUCCAGAGAGCCCUGUGCACAGAGAAGGAUGGUGCUACGAACUGGCAGAAGCUCCAAGAGCGUGUCAUGUCGGAGAACCUGAUCAAGAGCCAGCUGCCCCUNUUGCGAUGCCUCUCUUGUCCUUAUGCUGAAAUUGACGAACCGCAUAUAAUCGCAUCCAAGCAUCUCGAACACGUACAAUCCGCCGGAGAAGAGGUCUGA